AUUUUAAUUCGAGGAAUGGAUAUCUUAUGAGAGUAACUGCAAGCCCCUCGUCCGCUUUACCGGGGCAUCCGUGGAACUUAACCGACAUUGCAAGGCCAUUUCCUUUACCUAAACAAACGCCUACUCGAAAGAAAGAUACUUCAAAAACCAGGAGAAUUCAAGAAAAACAUUCUUCCGAAGAAAGAAAAGAUUUGCUAAACUUCGAUAAAAAACUAUUGCCAAGUGUAAAUCAUCAGAGUGUUGACAGCAAUGAUACACCGAGGGCAAACUCGGCAAAGGACCGUGAUUUACUCAACGACACGGGCAUUAAAAACAACAAAGUUUUGAACACUGAAAUCACUCCGAGAAAUAAAUUGGACAGAAAAUCAAUUAGUAGUGAUAAAGAGUUUGUAAAACGGCUUCCGAAUGCUGUCAUAAUUGGAGUGAAAAAAGGAGGCACACGCGCUUUAUUAGAGAUUUUAAAAAUUCAUCCUAGAAUCCGAGCUUGCAACAGCGAAGUGCAUUUCUUCGACCGUGACAUAAACUACGAACGUGGACUUUCGUGGUACAGAGAAAACAUGCCACCUUCAUAUCCACAGGACAUUACAAUAGAAAAAUCGCCUGCUUACUUUGUUACUGACAAAGUACCAGAGCGAAUGUAUAACAUGUCGAAGACGGUAAAAUUAUUGGUUGUUGUAAGAGAUCCAACUAAACGAGCUGUUUCAGAUUAUACACAGUCAUUAGCGAAAAAACCAGAUAACUAUCCAUUUGAGACAUUUGCUGUGAAAGAUCUGAAGAAAGGAAUUAUCAAUGUGAAUUGGAUGAAGUUGAAGAUAGGCUUGUAUGCUAAACAUCUAGAAAAAUGGCUCGAAUUUUUCCCGUUGAAUCAAAUACAUUUUGUAAGUGGCGAAGAGUUGAUUUAUAAUCCAGCGAAAGAAGUACGACUCGUAGAAAAGUUUUUAAAUCUGAAACAUUUUAUUACUGAGGCAAAUUUUGUUUUUAAUGAAACGAAAGGAUUUUUCUGCCUGAUUGGGAAACGACCUCAAGUACAGAACAGUUCCAAACCUCGAUGUAUGGGCAAAUCUAAAGGACGCAAACAUCCCAAAGUACGAAACUCUGUUUUGGAACUAUUAAAAAGUUACUUUAGACCACACAACCUCCGCUUCUACGAGAUGGUAAAUCGAGACUUUGGAUGGUCUUAGAUGAACCAAUUGAUAUGGAUGUGAUGAAAGGRCCUUAUCACGCGACAAGGGGGGGACAUCGUACAGCACGCGUCUCGUUUCUUAGCACUGAAAUGGUUUCCCUUAUGUACUGCUGUAACUGGUCCAGUGUUAUCAACCAAACGUUUAUACAAGGAACAGAUUUUAUAUAUUAUUAACUAUUUAUGAUGGUACACAGACGAGUGAUAACCUGGGGGGGUUUAUAAUACGCAGGGCUCGUAUAGUAUUUAUUCCAGGAUUACAUGUGGGGGGGUCUGUAUCGUUGGUUAACCUUAAUAUUAACAUUCAAGAUG